ACCCCUGCUGGGGGUGUUUAUCUUCGCCGUUCCUCCUCGCUCUUUUCCCUUUCACUUUUCUUUUCGUUGGGGGUUGGGACUCCGUGGGUUCCAGGCGCCCAGGGAAACCCCAGCCUAUUUGUUUGUGGCCGCAGAGGCCCGACGCCCGGGAGCCGGGUGACCGCGCCCGCCCCGCUGCACUGCCUGCCGCCCCUGACCCUGCAGCCCGGAGUCGAUGGAGGUACAGAGCUUGGCUUCUCCGCUUCGGGAGGGGAGGUGCUGGUGGCUGGAAAGGGCAAGGGAAUUUUCCCCGAAAGCCUUCGUCUCGGUCCCCUCCCAGAACUGGCCGGACCCACCCGUCUCCCCGCCGACCAGCUGCCAGCCGGGCCGCCCCGCCCUCUUAACGGGGGAAACACUUGACCGCGACUUCGGUUUUCGGUGGCGCUAGGCGCAGAGGUUUUUCCCCUUCUGACCCUUUAUUCCUGUCGCGGGCUCUCCACGCUAUCCUCCGCUUCCAGCCGAGCACAGACUGCUAGUCCACUUGUGGGUCCCGCGCGGACCCCCCGCGGCCCCACGGUGCGCUCCGCUCUUUCCGCGUCGCCGGGUGCCGUGCGCUCCACCUACUCCGCGCUGGGAGGCGGAGAGCAAGGGAAGCGCGCCCGGCUGCCCGCGCCGAGCUGCGGGGUUCCGAGAAAGGGAAGUCACGCCGCACUGAGCGCUGAGUUCUGCACCUCAUCCAGCUCGGAAAGUUCAAGUAAGGAAGUAUUCUGGAUGGAUGGCUGCUGGAAACCCAUUGCCAUAGCCAGCUCUUCUUCAAUACUGAAAGAUUUACUCUGGCAUUGAGUAAUGAGAAUUUUGAAACCAUAUUUGAGAAGUACUUCCAUCCAAUGCUACUUGUGUUUACUUCUGAACAGUCAUUUUUUAACAGAGGCUGGCAUUCAUGUCUUCAUUUUGGGCUGUAUCAGUGCAGGUCUUCCCAAAACAGAAGCAAACUGGCAGUAUGUAAUACAUGAUUUGGAAACAAUUGAGCAUCUUAUUCAAUCUUUGCAUAUGGAUGCCACUUUAUAUACUGAAAGUGAUGCUCAUCCCAAUUGCAAAGUAACAGCGUUGCAGUGCUUUCUCCUCGAGCUACGCGUUAUUUUACACGAGUCCAAAAAUGCCGCCAUUUAUGAAAUAAUAGAAAAUCUUACCAUACUAGCAGACAGAAAUUUAUCUUCUAUUGAGAAUAAAACAGAAUUGGGAUGCAAAGAAUGUGAGGAACUGGAGGAAAAAAGUAUCAAAGAAUUUUUGAAGAGUUUUGUACAUAUUGUGCAAAUGUUCAACACUUCUUGAUUGCAGCUGAUCCUUUUCCACAUUUCUAUUAUUAACAAACAUCUUUCCACGGCGUAGAGGCAACAAAGCUCUCAGCAUUUCAAAUGUGCUGCCAGAACAAAUUCUCCUGGCAAGACGAUGCUCAGGAUCUUGGUUGGGAUGGAUUCAUAACGGUAAAAGUUGAAACAUAGCAGUGAGAUCACAUUGUCUGCCAAGGACGGACUUAAUUUGUUCAUUUAUUUUUAAUUUAUUACUGAAGUUGUACAUAUCUGUAGCAUAAUGUAAAAUGUUGAAUAAAAUUGUGUACAUAUUUUAUC